AUGUGAAUGGUGUUCAGAAAGAGUUUUUCUUCUAAUACUGUACACCUUAAAAUAAUUAUUAAAAGCCUACGAAAGUCAGGAUUUUCAUGCUAUAAAUGCCAAUCGUGUUCCACCAAUUACCAUUCACAUUAAUUCAAAUCAUAAAAUAUUAUUCACAGCCACAGCCAACAGUCACCACAACCGUCGCAAACCACCCACCGCCGUCACAAACCACCCUCUUUCUCACAAACAUUAACCAAAAAAUGAUGUGCAAGAUGGCUCUAGCGCCCUUACUGCAAACACCCACCUGCUCCAUCGUUAAAUUUCCAAAAGAAAAAGUUGUGGUUGUGAUGGGUGCCACCGGUGCCGGAAAAUCAAGACUUGCCAUAGACCUUGCAGCCCAAUAUCCGGCCGAGAUAAUAAACUCGGACAAAAUGAAAGUGUACGAAGGUUUAGAUAUUCUCACUAACAAAAUCACAAAGGAAGAACGUGACGGAAUGCCACACCAUCUCCUUGGAGUUGUUGAUCCUGAAACCGAUUUCACUGCUGAAAACUUCGUCCUAGAGGCUUCACUUGCCUUGAAAUCAGUUGUUGGGAGAAAGAAGCUGCCCAUAAUUUCCGGUGGAUCGAAUUCUUUCAUCGAAGCAUUGGUUGAGGAUCGCGAGUUUCGAUCUAGUUACGAGACUUGCUUUUUGUGGGUUGACGUGGAAUUGUCGGUGCUUUACCAAGUACUAGCUGACCGCAUUGACCGCAAGGUGGUCAACGGGAUGGUGGAUGAAGUCAGAGAGUUUUACAACCCUAAGGCUGACUACUCGAAAGGGAUCCGAAGAGCAAUUGGCGUGCAAGAACUUGAUUCGUACUUUCGUGCAAUUGAUUCAUCUUACACCGAUGAAAAAACUCUCGACAUGUUAUUGGAUUCAGCCAUCCACGAAAUGAAGAUCAACACAUGCAAGUUGGCACGCCGCCAAGUCGAAAAGAUUCACCAGUUAAUAAACGUUAAAGGGUGGCAAAUUAACCGGUUAGAUGCCACUAAAGUUUAUAAGAAAAACCAUAGUGAAGACGCUGAUGGCAACAAAAUUUCUAUUGAAUUUUAAUCAGUUAGAAGUUAAUCUUAAUUGUGGCUCAAAUGUGAUAGUUGAUGGGGGUGAGGAUCUUAUAUAAAGUCUAAAUAAUAUGUUUGUUGGUUGUUUUGAUUUCGUUUUUCAGCUUAAGUCUAAUAAAAAUCAAAACAAAGGAUUAUGGUUAUUGUAUUUGGAAUGGUUUCGAUUGAUUAAUAAAAUAAAAUUAGAGUCGUGCAAAAAUAA